CACUGGACCCUUGCGGUCUUGACCAUCCGCCGUCUCCUCAUUGUGUCGCAGGCACCUUCCUCUCUCCCCGUCCUCCGUCACCGCGAUAGGGUUCGUCUCGUCACUUCGUCCUGGGCGGUGCAAGGCGGAGCAGCCGAGAGGAACGGCUGGCCGGAGGCGUGGGGCUGAUCGCCAGGAGCUGGGACCGGCGGGACGAGACGUGGAGAUAACGGAGAGGCUUCCUCGCAGCUCUCCCUCCCCCUCCCAUCAGCUGAGCUGGUACUGGAUCCAUCCGGACUCGGAUUGAUUUCUUCUUCUGCUGCUGUUUUCUGAACUUCUGUUGCUAAUAACCAUGGAGGAACAAUACCAGUGAUCUCAAGUGAGAUAUGGAGCCAGUCAAACUGGUUGAGGGGUACAAGUUUGAUGACCAUACUACAAGUGAUGUCCGUGUUUGCUUCAAAUUGAUUGAUGAGCAGCCAGAAUGGUUUUCCUGCCAUUCGUCUGUCCUUUCCCAAAAUAGCAAGUACUUUGCAGACUGGUUUGGUCAAAAUGAUAUUCGUUCUAAUAAUUGCAUUGAAAUCGAGUGCCCAAGGGUUGAGUAUGACCAUUAUGUAAAGAUGCUAAAGUCAAUGUAUCUUCCUAGAGAAUCAGUUAUAGAUUCAUUUGAUUCUGUGAAGUCAGCUGUUGGUGUUCUUCGAGCAUCAAAUUCUCUCGGAUGCGAGUUGGUUACCAAAAGUUGCAUUGAAUACAUUGAAGCUGCUUCCUGGGAUGAAAAGGAGGAGGAGGAGAUUUUAGAAGUAGCUCGAACCCUUGGCUCCAAAGCGGUGUCUUUGUUAGCCCGUCUUCAAGCCCCCAGUGCGGACGCUGUUAAGAAUGUCUUCAUCUCUGCCAUUCGUUUUGCUACAUGCAUGGAAACUCCAUUCCCUCCUUUCUUGGAUGACCUCAAAACUUCUGCCCAGGAGCAAAUUGACUUCAUGAUCCACGAGGAUGAUGACACUGCUUUGGUUACUAUGGAUGAAGACGUGAAAUAUGUGGUUCAGGAAGGUUUGAGAAAACUGUUAUCCACACUUAGGACUGGGCUAGACCUGUUGUGCACUGAGUUUGAUCAGUCACCUGAUCAGGCAGAGCAAAGGAUUCUGUGCAGCUUAGCUGACAUUGACUGGAUAGCGAAUCUCCUGGCAAAGAUUGAGAUGAUGCACGACUUUGUUUCUGGCUGGUCAGAAAUCUCUGACCAUGUUCUUUCAGUGGUUCAGGAUAAGAAGUAUAGCUCAGACUUGUGGGCUGUGAAGUCAAAGCUUAUUGAAGUGACCGGAAAGGCCCUGGAUGCUGUUGGCUAUGGCUCAGUGGUUCUCCCAUCAUCAUUCAGAGUUCAUUUCCUGAAGACAUGGCUUCCUUAUAUUCAAAUGACAAAGCGUUUGCUAGAUGAAAAUAGUAAGGAUGAAACAUCUCUGCAGAUGGAUUCAGACUCAUGUCAGAAUAUUGAGAGCGCAAUAGUCUCAAUGGUGUUAGCAUUGCCGUCGGAUGAUCAGGCUGAUAUACUGUCAGAGUGGAUGAAGAAAGCAGAGCAGUUCAGGUAUCCUGAUCUCACUGAGGCAUUUGAGGUGUGGUGUUAUCGCAGUAAAACAGCAAAGAGAAGGCUGGUGGACAAUGGAGCUAGCAACCCCACAGUCAGCUUGUAAGGGUACUAUUAAUUUAAUCUUUUUGUUGUAGUUUUAUAGUCAGCUGAAUUAGGUGGUUGGUACCAAGUAUAUACCAACUAAUUUCUCAUUGUUGUAUGUUGUAAAACAGCUCGUCAUGUUUAAUAAAAUUCAGUUUUAUUGCAGCA